UGUAUCAGUGUAAACCUCUUGCUGAAACCAUUCAUUCAGAACAAUGCACCGCUGUGUCGUGAUAUACAUUUAACCAUCACCAAAGUGUUUGUCUCUGCUCUUUACAUGAUGAAACAGAUGGAUGUGGUUGCUGCUCACAGGGUGAAACAUGCAGGUUCCAAAUUGGCUGCAAAACUCCCAAGCCAGACUAAAUUGGACCACGAGAUUCUACGGAGGCAUGUUACCUGUAAAAAAAAAAGACCACUUCCAAAUACUAAAAAACCUCUGCUUAGUCUCAUGGUGAAGCUGGUGAAUGAGCAACAAGAAAGCAGACCGCUUCUGAGCCCCUCCAUUGAUGACUUUCUCUGUGAAACUAAACCAGAAGCUGUUGCAAGGCCUGUAACAUCAAAUACUGCAGUAUUAUCAACAGGUCUGGAUCUCUUGGAUCUUAGUGAACCUGUCUUACAAAGCCAAAACAAAGCAAAGAAAUCAGAGAAUACAUCAAGAAGUGAAGGCUUAAAAGCUUCAAUCCACAGAAAGAAGACAGACAAUUCUGACCUUAUAAGCGUGGAUACUGAGCAGAAAGCCCAGACUGUCAGAGUUUCAGACAAGUCUUCACUAGAUUUAGUUGAUAUUCAGACACAGCUAGAGAAAUGGGAUGAUGUCAGUUUUCAUGGAGACAGGAGUAGCAAAGCCCACCCUUCUACAGAGCGAACAUCAUCAUCAUCUAGAGCUCCAUCAAAAGAGCUUUUAUGGUCCACAGAAAACAGAUCACAGUCUGAGCUGACUAAUGUCAAGAGUGCCUUGGAAUCUGAUUCAACAUCAGAAUUAGAACUUGCAUCUGCAACACAGGCACGAUCAGCUAAGGAGCAGCGUUGGGGAGGGCCCCUACUCUCCAGAAAUCACUCGCUGGAGGAGGAAUUUGAAAGAGCAAAGGCAGCUGUUGAGUCAGACACAGAGUUUUGGGAUAAAAUGCAAGCAGAAUGGGAAGAAAUGGCUCGCAGAAACUGGAUUUCAGAGAACCAGGAAACACCAGGGCAAGUCACCAUCUCAACCAUUGAGAAGGGUUAUUAUUUCCAUACUGAGAAUCCCUUCAAAGACUGGCCUGGUGCUUUUGAGGAAGGACUGAAGAAAAUGAAAGAAGGUGACCUGCCAGUUACAAUCUUAUACUUGGAAGCUGCUAUUCUACAAGAACCCAACGAUGCAGAGGCCUGGCAGUUCCUGGGUGUAACACAGGCAGAGAAUGAAAAUGAGCCAGCAGCCAUUGUCGCCCUCCAAAGGUGCCUGGAACUACAGCCAAACAACCUAAAAGCUCUGAUGGCCCUGGCUGUAAGUUAUACUAACACUGGCCAUCAACAAGAAGCCUAUCAAGCUCUAAGAAACUGGAUAAAGCAAAAUCCAAAAUACAAAUACAUAGCUAAAAGCAAAAAAGGGUCCCCAGCACUUACCAGGAGAAUGUCUAAGACAUCAGAUGAAAGCUCAUUACUUGAAGAAGUCAAGGAUUUGUAUCUGGAGGCUGCUCACCAGAAUGGUGAUAUGAUAGACCCUGACUUGCAGACAGGACUUGGAGUUCUUUUCCACCUGAAUGGAGAAUUUAACAGAGCAAUAGAUGCAUUUAGUGCUGCUUUAACUGUUCGACCAGAGGACUAUACAUUAUGGAACCGUCUUGGAGCAACCUUGGCAAAUGGGGAUCGAAGCGAAGAAGCUGUUGAAGCCUACACACGUGCUUUAGAAAUCCAACCUGGCUUCAUUAGAUCCAGAUACAAUUUAGGGAUAAGCUGCAUCAACCUAGGGGCAUACAGAGAGGCCGUCAGCAAUUUUCUCACUGCUCUCUGUUUGCAAAGAAAGAGCAGAAAUCAACAACAGGUUCCCCAUCCUGCUCUAUCAGGCAAUAUUUGGGCAGCACUGCGAAUUGCUCUGUCUAUGAUGGACCAGCCAGAACUAUUUCAAGCUGCCAAUGUGGGUGAUCUAGACAUUCUGUUAAGAGCUUUUAACCUAGAGCCAUAAUAAAAA